AUGGCGUUGCUUUCAAUAGUUAUGCAAUACUGGGUUCAGGAUGCUGCAGCCCCUUCCUCUGGUCUUUUCCUUUGCGAUCCAGUUUGGAAUGUAACAGUGGAAUUAUCGCCUACAACAGUGUUUGAAAAUACCCCUGAAGUCAAUCUGUACUGCAGAGCCGAUACCGGAGAAGAGACAUUUACAUGGCUGAAGAAUGGGUCAGCGCUUCCUGCUAAUUACAGUUACAGCUUCCUGAAUGGAAACAGAACUUUACAGAUAAAGAGCCCAAACACAACUUAUAACGGGAAUUAUACCUGCAUUGUGUCGAACCCCUUCAGCUCGAACCAAACUACCAUACAACUGAUUGUUUACCCGGUCUCUUCGCUCAGUGCAGGCGCCAUUGCUGGCAUUGUGAUUGGUUCUGUCUGUGGAGCAAUAUUACUCAUUGCAUUAAUCAUCCUGAUUGUGUGCUGUGUGAAAGGGAGGAAAGGAAAACAGGAGAAACAGCCUGUAAAGAAAAGUCCUACAAAGAAAAAACCUGGAGGUCCUAAUCACAAGGAUGUUCUCCGUACCGUAUCCGGCAACACUUUGUCUCCCGAUGACCCUGCUUUCUUCACUGUAAAUAACAUCAUGUAUCGAAACUCUUCACUCUCGAUGGGUUCCUAUAACAUGGACCAACAAGUGAACCGAAGGGACGUACCUGGUGCAGUAUGGAAUACGUUAGAAAGCAAUCGUGCCAGCACUCCAAAUAGCCAAAUAUCUUCCAAUUUGAAACCAAAGUCUGCAACCCAAGUGUGAUACUCCCCAUCGCCGCAUAUAACCCAAGUGUGACACUUCCUUGUAAGCACUUUGCGCAAUUAGAUGGAGUAUGAGGUGCUUUACCAAACUGAACAUUACAAUGUUAAACAAAUAAUAAAGAUUACCACCAUGUAACGAAUUAAUAUAACUAAAGUGUAAAAUAAUGUUUACUAAGGAUAGCGCAUAUUGCACAUUCAGAACGGCCAAUUAAAGUAGGUGAUUGCCAUUAUUCUGUAAGGAUGGAAGCUUUUGAUCAAUAAUGGAAAUAUAGU